GUUUCUCGCGUUACGUCAAUUAGAAUCUGGUGGCUGACAUAGGAACUCGCCGCGAAUAGGAACAAAUCAAGAUGGCCGCAACCAACUCGAGUUUACCCAGUGAAAAUCCAACGAAGAAGGAGGAUGAAUUUAACGAAUUUUAUUCGGAAGUCAAAGAAAUCGAAAAAAGGGAUUCCGUGUUAACUCCUAAACAGCAAAUCGACAGAUUACUGCGGCCUGGUUCUUCUUACUUUAAUUUAAAUCCGUUCGAAGUUUUACAAAUAGAUCCUAGUACUUCCAUAGAUGAAAUCAAAAAAAAAUAUCGACGUAUGUCCAUACUUGUACAUCCAGACAAGAACCAAGACGACGCUGAAAGAGCGCAACAAGCGUUUGAAAUUGUUAAUAAAGCAUGGAAGACGUUAGAAAACGAAGAGACGAGAGCAAAAUGUAUGGACGUUAUAGAAGAGGCAAAAGCUCGUACGGAUCACAUGAUUGCUGAGAAAAAGAAAAAAUUAAAAAAAGAAGGCAAGACUGACAAUUCGACAACUAAUAUGUUGGAGGAAGAAACCGAAGAAGGAUACAGGCAUGCUGUUUGGGUUAUGACAAUGAAAUUGUUUGCCGAUAUGGAAAGACGAAGAAGAGAACUAGCAACUAGAGAUGCCGAACAGCGAAAGAGAAAACGAGAAGAAGAAUUAUCUGCGGAAGCUCAAGCGGCCCUGGAACGUGAGUGGCAAAGAAAUUUCGAAGAAUCGAGACAAUCACGAGUCGAUAGCUGGAAAGCUUUUCAGUCUGGUUCUAACGCAACUAAACAAAAGAAAGCAAAGAAAUUAAAAGCCUUUAGGCCACCAAAAACGAAGGCCGAAUCACGAUAAUUAAUGGAACGUAUCGCCUCUACUUCAUCGGAUUUAGAACCGGUUUCAAAUCUCAUUUGCUCCAAUGUUAUUUCAUAGAAAUUUUCAGCAAGAACAAUUCUAGAUCAUAUUACUUAUAUACAUACACAUUGUGUGUCAUCUAAUGCGCGUGAACUUACAAAUGUCCAUAAAUAUUAUUAUCGUCGAUUUUCUCACUUUCAAUCCACUUAUAUAUUUAGAAAAAAAGUUGUUACUCUUAUUGAGAAUCAAAGUAAAAAAAGAAAAGAAGAGAAGAGGGAAAGGAAAAAAGAACAAAAAAGAAUAUUCGAGUGUUAGAAAUGUGCGGAGGUGAUAUCAAUAUGAGAGACAGAGGGUAAGAGAAAUAAGAAUAAUAUGAAAAUACGAAUAGUGCGAGCAUCUUUAUUGUAUACUAUGUAUGUAUCAUGAAUGAAUGUCACGCGUGCUUGUGUGUUGUGUGUGUGUGUUACACGUGGAUUUGCGUAAAUGUAUGCGUGAGAGAAUUGCAACGCUGCUUACAUGGCCCGAGUAAGUUGCAUCUCGAUCUUCCAUAUGGUGAUAAAAGCUUGUUGAAUUUUAAAUAUUAAAUUAAAAAUUCAAAUGGCCCAUCUAUAUCGAUCGAAAUUGAAUAAAAAGUAUUAGUAUUAUAAAAACAUUAAUUAAGCUUUCGAAAAACAUACCCGGAAUAUUUUUAUAUUAUUCCGACAUAAUUUAAAGUAUAAAUAUUAAAUAUUUAUACUUGUAAAAUGAUUACUUUUCAUGAUUGAUUAUCGACAUAUUUGAAAACAUUUUAUGUUAUUGAAAAUUGCAACGGAAUACGUAAGACUCAAUUUUUCAUACUGCCUAAGCUAUAAAAAAUAUACACAAGCAACAUACAUACAUAUAUACGUAUAUAUGUGUAUAUAUAUAUAUGUGUGUGUAUAUAUAUAUAUAUAUAAGCUCAAAUUUUACAAUAUCCGAAAGUGCCAUACAUAUAAUAUCGUAUGCUACGUAUUUACAUAAACUUAUCGUAUUUCUCUGCGUUAAAAAAAAAAUAAUAAUAAUAAUUACAAACAACAUACCUGCUAUUUUAAUUAUUUAGCAAUUAGACAAUUGUAUAAUGUUGUUUGUUUAAUGAUCCUUUAAACACGGACUAUAGUACAAAGGACCGUAUCGCACCAUGAACUACGCGGGCCAUGUAAUCGUGACAUCUAAUGUAUCAAUGCAUCAUUUGGCGCAUAAUGCAUAUAUUUUUACGUGCACUUGGUCCAAACAUAAUUCAUAAGAUUAUUAUAAAUAUGAUGAAUUUAUAAAAAAAAAAAAAAAAAAAAAAAAGGAAAAAAAAAGAAACGAAAAAAGAACAAAUUUUAACAUUGUAUCUUGUUUUAAACGUACCUUUAAUAACGUGCGAUAUAAAAAAGGUUCAUAUAUGUGAAAUGAAAGGAGAGAAAAAAAAAAACAAAGAUUUUAUCUCAAGCGAUAAGAAAAAGAAAAAAGGACAUAUGUCUUUGCUAUGCAUCGAUUCUUCUAAAAAUAAAGCGAUUGCUGAAUAAUUAAGCGGAAGAAAAAGAAAAAAAGAAAAAUAAUAAUGUAACUCAACAGAGAAGGAACAAAAUAUUUUAAUUUUGUUUUCUCUAACACAUUUAUAGAAGGAAGAAUAUUUUAAAUGUGCCAGAGAAAAAGAAUUUUUUUUAAUCGUUACUUGUAAAAAAUUUCUCUCGCAAAUCUAGUAAUUCUCCCUCGAUUUACGAUUAUUGCACAAAUAAAUUUUCAAUUCGAAUCAAUGAAUUGUAUCUAUAUAUAAAUAUAUAUAUAUAUAUAUAUAUAUAUAUAUAUAUAUAUAUAUAUAUAAAUCAACGUGUAUAUAAAACAUUGUCGACAAGUCUUGCAACGUCUCAUUCGUGAAUACGUUUCAACUAGUAUUAUUUUAUAAUUAUUCAUACGAAAUAUAUUCAUUGUUAUCGCAUUGUUUUCUCGUAUGGCGUCUGGAUGGAAUGCAACGCAUAAUUAAUGAUGUAACUACUAUAAUAUCUUUACGAGUCCAUCGAACUUUAAUUAUUCUCUAUUUUCUUUUGUUUGUUUGUUUGUUUGUUUGUUUGUUUUAUCUUCUUUGUAAUUUACGUUCGAUCGAAUUAAUUUGAGAUUAAUUAUAUCAGAUAUAGUAUUAUUAUUACAAUGCGGGUUGCAACGUUUUGAAGAGUAGCUCGAUUGAAAAAAAAAAAAAAAAAAAAAGAAAGAAAGAAAGAAAGAAGAAGAGAGAAAGAAGAACGAAGAAACAAAAAGAAAAACUAGCACGUCUCACGAGGAAGCAUUAUUAUAUUAUUUACUGUAUCCGGAGGUUCUUAUGUGCAGCAGCACGGUCUAGUUAAAUGCAUUUCACGUGAGUACACAUUACCAUCCGGAGUUGGGCACGUGAUCCGAGUGCGAAAGGAAAAACCAACGGGGCAAUAUACGCACCUGCAUUUCUACUUUUUA